GAUGGUAGCAAUCUGUGGAUGGCAGUAAGUGACAGAAAAAAAAAUGCGUAAAAAUAAUUUACUUUUUUACUUUCAAGAAUUUGCAUUUAAAUGAAAUUUUAGUUUAUUUAAUAUUGUAAGUUAUUGUUUUAAUAAGAAAUAACUAAGUACAUUAGCAUUUAGCAAAGGAAAACAUAAUAUAAGGUUUCAAGAUGAUGGCAGGAAAAGUUAUGGAAACAGAAGAGCAGAAUAGAAUAAGGUUUCAAGUGGAGCUUGAAUUUGUACAGUGCCUGGCCAAUCCAAACUACAUUCAUUUUCUGGCACAAAGAGGGUAUCUUAAAGAGCAGCCGUUCAUCAAUUACUUGAAGUAUCUUCAGUACUGGCGUGAACCAGAGUACGCUCGGUAUUUAAAAUACCCAAUGUGCUUGCAUUUCCUCGAACUAUUACAACAUGAAGCCUUCAGAAGAGAAUGUGUUUCAGCACAGGUAUGUAAAUUUAUGGAUGACCAAGCAAUUUUAUUAUGGCAACACUACACACGGCGGCGAACGCGCACACUGCAACCGCCUGACGCGCCUGCCGCCCCCGCACCUCCCGCUCCUCCGCAGCAAGGUCCUCCGAGACAACAAUCAUGAACUGUGAGUGUAAUCAAUUGAAUAGUGAAUGAAAUCAAUCAUGAACAGUGAAUGUAAUCAAUUAUGUAAAGUGAAUGAAAUCAAUCAUGAACAGUAAAACAAAAUAAUGAUGGAUUAGUGAAUGAAAUCAAUUGUGAAGAUUGUUUGAAUUACAGUUCUACCACUUUCAUAAGUAUGGGUAAAUUUAUUAAAAUUAAUUUGUGCCGAAAUACGACUUGACUCUAAGUGAGACAUGAAAUACAGACUAUAGUAGUGAUACUUAUUGAAAAUAAAUUAAAGCUAGUAUCCAUAUGGAAUAUUUGUCCAGUAUUGGCCUGGAUAUAGAAGCUCACAAACUCAGAUUUUUAGAUAUUACAGUACUAGUUAAAAGUUUAGAACUAGGUACUGAGUUACUUAAACAUUUAAGUUGAGUUACUUAACCAAGUUACUGAAAGAAAUUCAUUUCCAAGCUUUUACAAGACCAACAGAAUCUAUCUUGAGAAUCCCACAAAUUUUAAAGAAUAUUGUCUUAGUUGGAUUGGCCAUGCCAUUCAAAAUUAAGCUGUAUGUCAGCCUAAAAAAAUUAUAAAAGUGGUAAAACAGUAAUUAAAAGUGUUUACUUUUAGACUUCAGACUUUCAAAAGCAGUGUUAGAGAAAAGCCUGUGAUAUUGCAUUUAAAUUAUAAAGCCAAUUACUGGGCUGUAUAAAAUGUUGAUUGAUGAUAAUUAAGUCAACUGUAUAAAUUGUAUAUUGACUAAUUGCCAGCAGCAUUCAAGUCUGAUUUCGAAAUGGUGUAUUAAUAUUCCACACAAGUGUGUUGUGGGUAUAGUUUACUAUAUUAUACACUUGCCUUAAUGGUAAGGGCGUCUUUAUAACUUGAAUUUAUUAGUUUCGAAUUAUAUGUACUAACAUUUAUCUCUCUCUGUCUGAGGCAGGUCCUCAAGCUUAUUUAUACCACCACGUUUUUUAAGGAUAUUUCUUCAUCUAAAGUGCCCAUUUGCACUGCAAUAAAGUGCUCUUGAAAAAAUUACUUUUUCAUAUGAUUAAAUUUAAUGUAUGUAUGUAAAUGUAAUUAAACCUUUUCUAUCUACCAGUUAAAUUUUAAUUGUUUCGUGACUUAAUAAUAAUUUUGGAAGUCUUCUCUGUAAUAUGGUUUUAACUGACCUACUUCCCUUCCGUGCCAUUUAAAUGCCCUCUAAUUUUCUCUGGGUAGUCUACAUACUGUCCUGCAUAUCUACUAUAUAUUUCAAACGCCCGAUAUAGAAGAGAUGGGAGGAGGAUAUGGUCUGAGUGCUCAUUUACACAUGCGUUACAUUGACCAUUUGAAAUGAAUUAUGAUUCAUUAUGAUGUUCAUAUUUUUAUAAUAAGAUUCGUCAUGGAUAAAAGUUACAAUUAGUGCAGAGUGCGUGACCUAUACCAAAUAUAGGACAAAUCAUCAUCAAAAAGGUAACCUCUGUCUAAAUAUUUCAUCUUAUUUAAGAUCAUAAUGUUUAUAAAGCUAUUAUUAACAUUAUUCGGAAUUUUUGUAUUUUUUCACGAUUUGAAGCAUGUGAAAAGGUCCAUAGUAGUUAACACUGCGAGUUGCGACUGACGAAUUAAUUAUAAAAAAAUCUUACGUAAUAACGGCCAGUAAAAAUAUGUUUCGGUAACUGGCCGUUACACAACACGAUUGAUAGUUAGAGAGAUAUUCGAAACUCAUGAUAUUAUAGAACAUACUCGUAACCACUGAACUAAUCUUCUGAACUGAACUAAACUGUUGCUAUAGUAACAAUUACUGAUUUUAUAUAUUGUAAUUAUGGUCUGACUAGAAAAAUAAAUGGAUUGAGGGUGGGACCAAAUACUUUCAAGGUUUCAACAAGUAACCCUUGUUGCAGUGUGUGCAUAAUUAUGCUAGAAAAAAAAUGAAUUCCUUUUAUUGUACAACAUAGGGAGGAUUCUUAUUUUCCUAGUUAGGCUAUAAAUUAGUCUUAGAUAGCUAUAAAAACUAUACUGUAAGUGAAAGAUUUAGUGUAAAUAAUAAUUUAAUUAAAUAAUAAAUAUUUGUAAAAUAA